GUACUGGUCGCUAAGGCAGGGCAGCACUCGAGAGCGAGCGCAUGAUAUGCAGCGGCAAGCUUGAAUUUUUACUUACGGCAAGUAACCCAGUAACAAGUCGAGAAUAAACUUUAUAAAAAGUAAGACAGAAACACUUAGGCCUAUAAUGAAGUCAACAAAACAACUGGCGAAGGAACUGGGAUUGCUGAGGAAAAGAGUUUCAUCAUCAAAAGCCAAUGCAACAAAAAGCAAAGGUGCUCAGAAGUCAAGGACAUGUCAGACGUUUACUUAUCUCAUUGUAAUUGAUUUCGAGUCAACUUGCUGGAAAGACAAAAAGAAUACCAACCAAGAGAUAAUUGAGUUUCCUGCGGUGCUUCUGAAUGCUACCAAUGGCCAGUUAGAGAGUGAGUUCCAGCAGUAUGUCAUGCCUGAUGAGCACCCUAUUCUGAGUGAUUUCUGCACAGAGUUUACUGGGAUAUCACAGGAACAAGUUGAGAAUGGCGUCCCUCUUUUCAUCUGCCUCAACAAGUUCACAAGCUGGCUGAAGAGGAUAGAGAGUGAGAAGAAUGUAGCUUACAAUCGGUCAACUGAUGACACUAAGAAACUGUGUACAUUUGUCACAUGGUCUGACUGGGAUCUUGGUGUUUGUCUGCAUUAUGAAUGUCAACGGAAGCAACUCUACAAGCCGAGUACUCUCAAUCAUUGGAUCGAUGCAAGAGCUGUCUACAGGAAUUUCUACCAACGGAAACCAAAAGGUCUAAAUGGUGCUCUCCAGGAAGUUGGUAUAGAGUUCUCUGGAAGACAACAUUCAGGAUUGGAUGAUGCAAAGAAUACAGCUAGAUUGGUAUGGAGGAUGAUCCAAGAUGGCUGCCAUUUCAAGAUUACCAAGACAAUUCAAUCGGGUACACUAAAGGCUAUUCCUAGGGCACUACCCCAACCAGGAUCAGCCCAGCAACAGACAAAGGAUUCAUCUGCACCUUCAACAAGUAUGACUACAACAGCUCUGCAGCCACAACCAUCUCUAAAAUCAUCAUCUUCAGCAGCAGUAAACACUACACAUCAAACAAGGACUAAAACAACUGAUUCAAGUCACACAGGUGCAUCAUCAACUUCGUCAUCACUGCCAAAGACGGAGACGGAACAGCCCUUUGGAAAAGUAAAUAAAAGCAAAAGGAAGAGUAAUGGCAGACUCUCCAUCGAGAUUACCAAGAAGUCUUGUCUGGCUUCAGAGGUGAAGGGACAGAAGUCUCAAGGUAUUCCCUUUCAGAUUUAUGAAGAUGGGAAGAUUGGGGAUGAUAAAGAUGAAUUUGGAAGCACAUGUAAAACAGUUGUGAGUAAAUUACACAAUAAGCAGGCCGAGCCGAAGUUACAUUCAUUAAAUGGUGACGUACGCAAUGUAAAAUUUACAAAAGGGGAAACCCCAACACAUCGGACUAGUGGCAGUACUGGGGAAUUCAAGACACCACCUGUUUGUGCUCUUCCUUUCCAUAAGCAGAACUCUAUCAAGAAGUACGGCAAGCUUGGAGAGAAGACCAGUCCAGGGGUUCAGUUCAAAACCCCGGUAAGCACAAAAACUCCUGCAACUGAUGACAUGAAGACACCUUCCGGCGGCUCUUUUAAACCAGGCGUCUGCAUGGCCAAGGUGACACCACCUAUGUGCAAGUGUGGACGUCGAAGCAAGAGACGCGUUGCAGCCCGCCCUGGCCCGAACCAGGGUAGGGCGUUCUACUCCUGUCCAGGUCUGAGACGUGGGAGUGGUGGAGGCCUGAAAGACACCACCAACUCCAAGAUGGGCUGUGGAUUCUUUUCUUGGGAGAGUAUGGUUCUGAAUGACUUAAGAUCACCAAAUGCAGUGGGUAGCCCUGGUUCCUUCACCACUCCAGGGUCAGCGUUGAAGACUCCUAGUCCUCUAGCGAUGGGUUCCAUACAGAAAGCUAUCUCUUUCAAGACUGGACAGAAUCCAGGUAUGCCGAGGAGAGGGAGCAUUACACCUAUUGGAGUUGGGUAUUCAAACAGUUGGAGGUAGCAUUAAGGACUGAUCCACUGGUCACCAAACAUUUGAUCAAAUGAGCGGAAGAAUCAACCUGGUGCCGACCUAGAUAUCUACCCAAUUGGUACACCACGAGCCGUGAUUUGUAGUGGAAUAGACCUACGCUCGAUUAGACAUCACCAUCUUAUGGUGCCUAGUCAAUGAGGAAUGAAGGAGAUGAUUGCAUGUUCGGCGGACAGGAGAGUGUUGCUUCAGGUAUCCGCAUGCAGUCAUCUUGCGGUGAGAUGGGGUCUGACGUCAUUGCUGUCCGGUCGUCGAUUUUCCACUUGAGAAGACCCAGUUUUACCAUGAUGAGGAAGACGGUGUGGAUGGUGGACUUUGGUUGACGAGUAAACCAUGGCGAUAGCAUGGUUGGGAAAGUUCACCCAAUGCAGUCUCAUCACGGAUGACCAAGGAUCUAGUUGGCCCGGGGGGCGGGGGCCAUCGCCAUUAUUAGUCGGGCAUCAUGCUUGUCCACCAAAACGUGUAAAAGGAGUUUUUACAGCUUGGGUGAUGUAUGCCCAUACAUUGAUAAUGGUAUCCAAAUGGCCAAAAUCAGAAAAAAAAAGCUGAUUUACUUUACAAGAAACUACAUGUGUACUGUGCAUGGAAAGGGUAUGUAUAUUUUGCCCUAUCUUGAAUAUUUGAACCAUUAUUUAGGGAAGGAAAACAUGGCAAAAUACUACCAUGAUUUUAUUCUGAGAUCAAUUACUUAGUACUUGUUUUAGGCCUAUUUUGAAAAUCUGUGGACGGCAUUGUGUCCCCCUUUUAAUGACAGUGGCCCCCAAGCGCAUAGGAUAAUUUUGGAGCAGGCGGGAAGUGCUCAUAAAGCAUGCCAACACAGAGCAAGCAAAGUGCGCUAGGGGGGGGGGUGUAAGAACGCAAAGCUUUUGAUGUUUUAUCAAAUUUGAAUAAAUAGGAAGACGUCCUCUCUCCCCAAUAAUUUUAUCAGCUCCAAUUCAGGUGACUUUGCUUUAUCGCACUUCUUUUUAAAAGAAAUUUGUCAAUGAGAUGAAAGAAAAACUUUUUUUUUCUUACAUGAAGCAUGGAAGCUCAAACGUUAUAUGUUGUUUUUGACAAAAGAAAGUGGCAUUCUCUGAGUCUAUUAAUGCCUUCCUUAGUAGGAUGAUAGGGUCACAUUUGAUUGUAAAAUGUUAGCCAUAAAAUUUGCAAAGUUGAAUAUAAAAUUGAAGAUAGAGAAUAUCUUGUUUAUAAUUUAUUCUUUUUAGAACAAUAGGUCAAAUAGCAGCAAAGCUGCCUUCCCGUUUUUACCUUUGCUCCCCUUUUCUCCCCUUUUCCCCAUUUUUGUCUCACCUGC